UGCCAUCUGCUCGUUCUCGUCAAUAAUUUGAAAUAGAAGUUGAUCGGAUACGGAACAAAUUAUGAUAGUAUUACACGUUAUUGUUUUAUGUAACAUUUAAAGGAUAACUUUUUCGUACUAUCAUCUUUGCAAACUAAAUAAUAUCACGAAAUGGCAACAACUUUUAUGAACAAUGUUUCAGUCAAGAAACAAUGUCCUUACAUGGAAAAAUGCUAUCGCAAGAAUCCAAUUCAUUUCAACGAGAUGUCACAUCCACACUUGGAAAAAAUUGUAGUAAAUCAGUUAGAAGACGAAAUACGAGUUCCCGAGAAACUUGAUUUUGAAUGUUCUGAUCGUUGUCUUUUGAAAGACCAAUUAAAGAUCUUGCAGUUGGUAUUAAGAAAAAACAGAAAUAGUGAUGAAAGUAGUUCUUCAAACACAGCAUCAAACUCCAAAGUAAAUAGUGAGAGGCCAAAAGUCACUAAUGGAAAACCAGUUCCUGAAACUUUAAAGAAUAAAGUGGAAAAACAUAAACAAGUAGUGAUUCAGAGAAGAGAAAAUAAGUUGAAAAAUAUGGAUGAUGAAGCAGAGGCACUUUUUAUGUCUUCUAAUCAAAAAGAUAAUCAGAGAAAAGUUUCAAAAAUGAAAGAAGAAUUGGAUAAUCUAAAGAUAACCAAAGAAUCUAUACACAAACCUAGAUUGCAAGAUAAAAAGAGAGAUAGUAGUAUCCUUGGUGACAAUGAUAAGGAAAGAAAGAAAUUAAAGUUAAAUCAUACUAGACAGGUACAAGAGUGUGGUCAAGAUACAAGUAGUAGUUCAGAGAAUAUGGAAAGUUCUAGUGUUUCAAAAGGCACAUCUUUGGUGGAAAGAUUUGAAUUAUGCAAUUCUAUAAAAUCCAGGAACGAAGUCAGAGAGAGAGCAAUUAAAAUGAUGAAACAACAAGGAUUUGAAGUAUCCGUGGUAGAACCAGGAAAUUUUGGUAUGAAAUAUGCCUUAUCAGCUCCAUAUCACUUAUUUUUUACAAGAAUCCAAAAAUCAAAAGAAACAUAUAAUCAACAGUUUUCUAUAACGUUUCCUGAGAUCUUAGACAUCAGUUUAGGGGAAAUUGUAAAAAGUUUGCAUAUUAAUUUUAUGGUUGAUGUUGGGUGGUUAUGUUUGCAAUAUUUAUUGGCUGGACAACGCACAGAUAUGUCUAUUAUGUAUGGAUCAAGAGUGGAUAAAGAAAAGUUAAGCUUGAAUAUCACUAUGAUACCUGUGUGGAUACCAACAAAGUUUGGUUGUCAUCAUACUAAAGUCAUGAUCCUAAAAUACAAAGAUGAUGGAAUACGGGUUGUGGUUUCCACCGCAAAUUUAUAUUCGUGUGAUUGGGAGAAUAGAACACAAGGAGUUUGGAUAUCGCCACAUCUUCCACUGCUGGCAGAAUCUGCAAACCCCAGUGAUGGAGAAUCACCAACAGGAUUCAAGAGGGAUUUAGAACGUUACUUGCACAAAUACCAUCAACGAGGUUUAACAGAAUGGAUUUCUGCUGUGAGAAGAGCAAAUUUUUCUUCAGUAAAUGUAUUCUUCUUGGCAUCUGUUCCUGGGAAACACACGGGUGUGGAAUAUGAUUAUUGGGGUUAUAGAAAAUUAGGUCAAGUUCUUUCUAAGCAUGCAAAACUACCUCCUGAUGCACCACAAUGGACAUUAGUUGCUCAGAGUUCGAGUAUUGGUAGCUUCGGUCCUAAUUAUGAAAGUUGGAUUCAGAAAGAGAUAGUAUCUUCAAUGUCAAAGGAAAAUCCACCAGGUUUGAAGAGCCAGCCGAACUUUCAGUUCAUUUAUCCCUCUAUAAACAAUUACAAACAAAGUUUUGAUUGUCAAGUUGGAUCUUGUUGUUUGCCAUACAGUAUUGAAACACAUUCUAAACAAGAAUGGCUAGAAUCCUAUAUGUACCAGUGGAAAGCUACACGAACCGCUAGAGAUAAAGCAAUACCUCAUAUAAAAACAUACACAAGAAUUUCGCCUAAUUUAGAAAAGAUUCCUUGGUUCGUUCUUACUAGUGCUAAUUUAAGUAAAGCCGCAUGGGGAAUAGUCAGGGUCGACUCCCUUCAUAUUUUGAAUUACGAAGCAGGCGUUAUAUUUAUUCCGCACUUUGUUACUGGAUCAACUACCUUUCCUAUCAAAAAAGAAGAAGCUGGUGUUCCAGUUUUCCCUAUUCCGUACGAUCUACCUCUAACUCGGUACGGGAGUGAGGAUAAACCAUUUGUUACUGAAUUUUUUUCUAGCUAGUAAUAUCUGAAAAUCGAAGAAUACUAUAGCAUGAAAAUUACAUGUAUUUAUUUCUCUCUAUAUUUUUCGUUAAGCAGAGUAUCAAACAGAACAUUAUUGUACAAAUGACUGUUUUUAGAAUAAACAUGAUAAUAAUUGCUUUGA